AUGGAGCACCGGAGGUUCAAAAAGUCCGAGGAAAAAGCUAAUCUCAUUCAAACCAAAGGACAAAGGUGUGAAACAGAUGAUACAGAACUUGUCACUGCCCUCGAAUACGCCGGUUUGCCCACAAGCUACGAGAAAUUUAGUGACUUUGUCAGCAAUGGAUUGGCGCGCCUGUGUGAGAUGACCAAACCUCCCAACCAAGCUCUUGAAUUGGCAGAAGAGGUUCAACAGGGCAAGGAAGUCAUGCCAAUCAAAAAGAUGCGGGAGGAGUCAACUGGCCUGCGUAACAAAGUCCUUCAGGAUCUUGACAGCAUCCAACAAAAGCUCAACACCGACGCUCACAAUUGUGAACAAAUGCGCGUAAAAUAUGAUCACCUGUGGGAACAGCAACCCUCUUCUAACUUUACCAAAGCAUGGCGGCACAGCUUGAAAUCCCAUCGAGAAGCACUUGAAGCAGCCAAGAAGUCCAAUCAGCAAAUUGAUGAGAUUUGGCAAUCGCCAAAGACGGACCUUGAAACUUUAGCUGAUCCAACUGUGGAACCGGAACUCACCACUUGGCUCCCACUAUUACCCCCGUCAGUUCUGACUGAACCAGACUGA